AUGGCAACAGCUAUAGAUCUUUACAGCAGCAGCUCAAUGACACCAGAUUUAUCAGAUUCCUUGAGGGAGGAUCAGCUCAUGAAAGCACUUAUGCCUUUUAUGAAAAGUGUUUCAGCAACCUCUUCUUUGACAUCUAUUUCUUCUUCUAUUUCUUCACCAACCUCUCCUUCUACUUCUUCUUCCUUUUCUUCCUACCCUUCUUCUUACACUUACCAUCCUCCACUCUACUCUUCUCAGCCCAAUUUGUACCCUGACUUUUGCUCACCAUCCACAACCCACAUGUUUGAUCAUUUUGAGCAAACAGGUUCAAUAGGGCUUAACCAACUUACCCCAUCUCAAAUUCUUCAAAUCCAAACCCAAAUGGUCCUCCAACAACAGCAGGAACACCAACAAAAGGAACAAAUUGCUGCUCUUGCUUCUCCAGCUUCACUGCAAAACCAAUAUCAGCACCAAAACCCUCGCACCCUGAAAUUCCUCACCCCAAAAGCCAUCCCAAUGAAGCAAGUUGGUGCUCCCUCCAAACCCACAAAGCUCUACAGGGGAGUGAGGCAGAGGCAUUGGGGCAAGUGGGUUGCUGAGAUUAGACUUCCCAAGAACCGAACCCGCCUAUGGCUUGGUACCUUUGACACUGCUGAAGAAGCGGCUUUAGCUUAUGAUAAAGCUGCUUAUAAGCUCAGGGGAGACUUUGCUCGGCUCAAUUUCCCUCAUCUCAAGCACCAAGGGGCUCAUGUCUCUGGCGAUUUUGGCCACUAUAAGCCUCUCCACUCCUCAGUGGAUGCCAAGCUCCAAGCAAUUUGCCAGAGUUUGGCUGCUAAUUCGGCGAAACAGGGGAAAACAGGGGAGCCCUGUUCUGUGGCAGAGAGAAAGCCAGCGAUAUCAUCUCCUUCAGAGGUUUCAUUGAAAACUGAAUUGAAAGGUGAAUGGGAGUUUACUGGUGCAGAGUGCUAUAGACCGGAGAUCUCAUCUUCGCCAUCUCAGUCCGUUGAGUCUUCAGCCGGGUCCUCUUCGCCGGAAUCCGACAUUACCCUCUUGGAAUUUUCGGAUUCUCAAUGGGAUGAGGCUGAGAAUUUCGGACUAGAGAAGUACCCUUCAGUGGAGAUUGACUGGUCUGCUAUAUAA